CUUAUACUCGCAACCCGAGAGUCGUUCGCAUACAGAGUGUUCGCGCAACGUGUUUAGCAACGAAAAAAUAUGGCGCCUACACCGUACAACAGUGAAUUAAACGAGGAACCCAUAUCCCGAACUUACCAAUAUAGGAAAGUUAUGAAGCCUAUGUUGGAAAGAAAACGCAGAGCAAGAAUCAACAGGUGUUUGGAUGAAUUAAAAGAACUCAUGGUGACCGCUCUCCAGAAUGAAGGCGAAAAUGUUUCAAAAUUAGAAAAAGCUGAUAUCCUGGAGCUAACAGUUCGACAUUUACACAACCUUAAAAGCCACCACCAACUGGUGUUACCACCAGAGCAGAGUUAUGCUGAUCGUUUUAGAGCUGGUUUUGCUCAAUGUGCCCAAGAAGUUACUCAUUUUAUUACAACUCCUUCUGAUGUUAUUGAUCCAUCGGCUGGUAGGAAGCUUCUUCAACAUCUUGGUUCUUGUGUUCGGCAAUUGGAUUAUGUGUCUCAAAAUUAUAAUGUUCAAUAUACCCAGAAAAACGCGGCGAGUUCUCCAGGUUCUAAUAUAAAGGCUCCUCCUCCACCGAUGUGGAGGCCAUGGUGAUUAUUCUAACGACUCUUUAAUUUUAAAUAGUGAUUUAUGUGUUUGAAGGAAACGUUACAACAAAUUUUGUUCUAUUUUCCGUAGGUAAUUUAUUUUAAUAUGCUAUUAUACAUUUACUUUACUGCUUUUAAUAUUAAUUAAGCUUUCAUUAUUUUAAAAUAAACAAUCUAAGUUAAAUUAAUUAUAAAAAUUAAAGAUUUUGCUCGAGAAAUAUUAAAUUGUUAAAAAAUAGUUUUUAAAAAAUUUGUUGUAAGGUUAAUUGUUAAUUAUGUGAUUUUUUUUUAUAGAAGUAAUUCUUCAGUAAAUAGCGUUAUUUCAUAAAAAUCGUUGUCUUCCAUUUUUAUGAUUUAAUUUCAAAUUUGUAGCUUUAAUCCUGUGAUAGUAGAGUUAGGUGAAGUUGUUACAUAAACCGAUAGAAAUGUUUGUAAUAUUGUAUUUUAGUAUUUUUAGUAUUUUGUGCGUGUUAAAGCUGGAUUCUAAUUUAAUUUUUAAGUAAUGUUUUUCUAUACAUACAGUUGCAAUAAAAGAUAAGUUUUAAGUUUCGUUUGAUAGAUGAAUCCAAUUUUAACAACCUGUUGAAG